AUGUAAACAAAUUAAAAUACCUCAACUAAUUUAUUGCUGUAAAAUAAAAAAGAAUUGUUUCAUAUAUAACUUCGAAAGGAGAAGAGAGAAGAGAUCUUUAAAUCAAAAAGAAUAAUAUAAAAAUAAAAUGAAACACCAGAACACAUCUAAUUAAAUCCUGAAGUAAGAAAUUUAAUUAAAAUUAGUAAUUAGAUUAGUACAUUACAGAAUUGAUGAAAGAGUGUAUUGAUAUCUACAGAAAUAGAUUACCAGAUGAUUUUGAAAAGAUGUUGAACAAUUUAAAGAGAUUAAGAAAAUUACAGAAUUUGGAUUAACGAGGUGAAGCAUUUGCUCUUUGUUUGUUUAAGAAUGAUUUUAUCGAGUAAAAGAUUAGUGUGAUGUAGAUAUAUUCUUGUUCUAUUGAAUGAGCAAUUCGAUCAUGCUUCUUAAUUAUAAGUGGAAGGAGCUACAAUUUUAGCUAAUUUUUUUGGUAUAAUGGAUAAAAAUUAACGAUUAUACUUUUCUUCAUACUUGCCUAUGUUGAAUGUAUUGAGUGAUGUGAUAACUAAGAAUUUUGGGAGAUUGCUAAUUUCAAAGAAUGCUUCUUUAGUUGAUUCAGUAUGAUUGAACUUAAAUUUUAGUGUUUAUAUGCUUUAGGGAAUGCAUUUUAUGAUUAAUAAAUAUUGGUUCAAAAAUUCAAAUAACAUUUUGGUUUAAAACAUUUGUUAUAAGUAUCAAUGCAUUUGAAUACAGUUGUUUGGGUAUUAGAUACUCUAACAGGAAAUAGAGAAUUUCUAAAUAAAGAAGAAUUAGAAUUAUCAUUAUAAAUACUGGAUAAAUAGUUAUAAUCAAAUGACGUUGAAAACUUUAUUCAUAGUUUAAGUGCAUUAAGAAAUAUAAGUCAAUAUUAAAUAGAUGCAAUACCAAUGAUAAUUAGUUUGAAUUCAUUUCCUAAAAUUAUUGAGAUAGUAUCUUAAAAAUAAGAUUUAAUACAUCUUCAUUCGACUUCCUUGGAAAUAAUUUUUGCAUUGAGCACUAUGAAUGAUUAUGAUUAAGUUAAGAAGUUGGACAAUAAAUAUAAUUUAAUGGAUAUUUAUGUUACAUAUUUAUCUUCUUAUGAAAAGGAAUAUAGAUUGAAAUCAAUGAUAUCAUUAACUAAUUUAUGUAAUCUGAAUGAGAGUUUUGCAAUUCAAUUAUCUAAGAUGCCUUAUGUGAUAGAAAAGAUCAUAUCUAUAACAAUUUAGACUGAACAAUAAUAAAUUUUAAAUGGAAUCAACUUAAUUUACAGUAUGUUAUAAUAUGAAAAGAUUGAAAUGAAUUAAACUUUCAUUAAUAAUAAGAUUUUAAGUUUAAUAUCACGCAUUUUGGAAUAUCUAAAUAAUGAUAUUCUUAUAUAUACAUUGAAAUCUUUAUGGAUCUUAUUGCAAUCCAUUGAAUAUUAUACAGCAUCACUUUAAAUUCCAGGAGAUGAUAAGAUUAAAUCAUAAGUAUAUAUGAUGAAUCAAUUAAAUGUACACAAUAUAUAAGAUAAAUUGUUAACUUUAUACCAAAAUGUAAACAAUUAAGAAGUUAGAGAUUGGAUUGAUGAAUGUGUGAAUAUUUUGGAGAAGACCCAAAAUGACAUUGAAAAUUAUUGA